AUGAAAACCGCCCUAGUCACCCUCUACUCCUGCCUCGGGUUGGGUGUGCCCGCCCUGGCUGCCCUCAUGGAAAUCAUGUUGAGCAAUUCCACCUCGUGCCAGAUCCGUGGUGGGGAUGACAUUGCGAACCUUGCCUGUCGGAAUACGUGUAUUGAACAGGGCGGUGGAUGGACUGGAGGGUUCUGUGAUGAUCAGCAGAUCUGUCAUUGUACGUUUGAUAUAUCUACUAGGAAGUAGAUGAACGCAGAAAAGAAAGCAAAGCUAUGGAUUGGAGUAAGCAGGUAGAAGGAUCAUAUCAUGUCUGUCAUGAGAAUUAUGUUCAAU